AAAAAAUCUACUGUCCAUAGAGUCUUAUGGCAGCCAAUUAUGCAGUCCAAAGUUCCGGAUCAUACAUCUCGAAUACAAUAUCUUCACUGAAAAAGGCACAGAUAAGUUGUAUUUCUUCAUUGAACAACCCAAGUUGUCAAAUCUCAGCUGAUAGUACUAGUAAAAGUAGAAAACUAGAUGAGAGAAAGAAUAAGAAGAUUGCACCUGCUGCGACAAUCCCAACAAUGUCCGAAAUCAUGGAUUCCUCUAAAGUUCAGAAACUCCAACUGAAGUUACAAUCGUUGGGACCUUUUUUUAGAAUCACUGUCAGUAGUUUAGAAACGGAGAAAGAGCUGGGGAGAGCUGAAGGUUUUGUGAAGAUUUGGUUUGGAGCUGGUAAAAUUCUUCAUUUAGACAACAUUAUAUUGAGAAGGGAAACACUGGGCAUGGAGAAAUCAAUAUUUGGGAUAGGUUUGUUUGUCGGAGCCGUUGCUAUCCGAUAUGGUUAUGAUUGCGGUUGUAAGACAGCUGAGCUUCUUGCCAUUAAUGAUUCUGAUCUUUACCAUUCCAAGCUUGUUAGGUUCUAUACAAGAAUGGGGUUCAGGGCAGUGCAUGAGGUGACAGGAGGUUCUAUUCAAGACCUAGCACACUUGUUGGUAUGGGGAGGCAACGGAACUCGAAUGGAUGCCAACAUCGAGGAACUUUUGUUAAAAUGGGGCAGAAAGUUUAAGCCAAGGAGUUCAUCUCAAAGAUGACACAACACAACAUGCAAUCGCUUUCCAAAGCUGAGUUUGAAGUCGACUGAAACAAAUAAAUGAUUAUCCUUUUUUUUUUUUUUUUGUAACUUACAGGAUGUACUGGUAGAAAUACAGAAUCCAUCAGAAACUGUAUAGAGCAUAAAUGAGAAGCUCAACCUAGAACUUUCAAACCCAAACUCAGAAUCUGUAAUAUCAGUGAAUUGCAGGACUUGGACAUAUCCAAAGAUGUUUGAGAAACAGAAUUCACAAAUGAAAUAUUUUCUGCA